UAGAAAGGUGCGCAGUGUCCCGACUUCGAAUUCCAAGUUGGCAAAAAGUUGGACAAAUAUUUUCCCACUCGGAGCUAAUUUUUCCUGAGUUCCCAGUUGACGUGAAAGCACUGAAGUCGGAGAGUUCCGAGUUCAGCUGAUUUUUGAACGCGACAAACGUCCAGACUUCGGUCAAUGACGCACAGACAGGAGUGCACUUUGAAACUGCAGGACUCUUGAGUAACCAUGCAGACAAUUGAAGUUCUGAAACAGGCCCUCUCCAGCCUGGAUCCUACCCAGCAGCAGCAGCUCUUGGUGGCCGGGUCUGCGGUGGCCGUGGGCGGGCUGCUGACCUGUUAUUACUGGGUGUAUCAAGGGACGAAGACCAAGCGCAUCCCAAUAGGGGAUGGGUGGUGGGGGGCAGGAGAGAAGCCUCAGUCAGAGGAUGAGAAGGUUUUCCCCUUUCAGGUCCAGACUUCCGAUGAAGAGAUACAGGACUUGUAUGACCGUAUUGACAGGACCCGGUACACUGAACCACUGGAGGACACAGGCUUCCAGUACGGCUUCAACUCUACCUACCUGAAGAAGGUGGUCUCCCAUUGGAGGCAUCAAUUUAACUGGAAGAAGCAGAUUGCAAUACUCAACAAGUAUCCUCAAUUCAAAACCAAUAUCGAGGGAUUGGAUGUACACUUCAUCCAUGUGCGUCCACCUCACCGUGAGGGCCAGAGGGUGUUGCCUCUAAUGCUGGUGCAUGGCUGGCCUGGCUCUGUCUAUGAGUUCUAUAGGAUCCUGCCCUUACUCACUAACUCGUUGGACAGUCUGGCUUUCGAAGUCAUCUGCCCCUCCAUCCCAGGAUAUGGCUUCUCCGAGGCCCCUCAUAAGCAAGGGUUUGACACUCUGGCUGCAGCGAGGGUCUUCCACAAGCUGAUGGAGCGUCUGGGUUUCUCAGACUAUUAUCUGCAGGGAGGAGACUGGGGCUCAAUCAUCACUACUAACAUGGCCCAGAUGAAGCCAGAGUGUGUAAAGGGUCUCCACCUCAACAUGUUAACUAACAAACUGAGGGGGUUCGGUGUCCUGUUUUCAAUCCUGAUUGGCCGCUACCUGCCAUGGCUGGUUGGGUUCACCCGGGAGGAUGUCAGGAGGUUGUUUGGUUCAGUAGGUUUCAUGGAAAGGAACUUCUAUGAGAUCAUCAGAGAGACUGGCUACCUGCACAUCCAGGGCACCAAGCCAGACUCCGCUGGUUGUGGAGUGAAUGACUCUCCAGUAGGCCUGGCUGCUUACAUACUGGAGAAGUUCUCCACCUGGACUGACUUCAACAACAGGGACUUGGAAGAUGGGGGGCUGGAGAGGAAGUUCACCCUGGACGACCUGCUGACCAACAUCAUGAUCUACUGGACCACCGGCUCCAUCGUGUCCUCCAUGAGGUUCUACAAGGAGAACUUAAAGACCAACAUUGACAACAGACUGGAUAAUCAUACGGGGGUGUAUGUGCCUACAGGUCUGGCGGCGUUUCCCAACGAGGUAAGGCACGUGCCCCAGUCGUGGGCCAGGGACAGGUUCAGGAACAUCUACUCCUACUCUUACAUGCCCCGAGGAGGCCACUUCGCUGCCUUCGAGGAGCCACAGCUCCUGGCUGACGACCUGCUGCAGUUUGUGAAGAAGGUGGAGAAGUUGUAGAGUUGAUGGAUACAAGAGGUCGACUCUCCACUCCUGCCAAGUGCCUGGAAGAAAAACCAGCAGGACUGCAGAACGUGAUAACACUACAGCUUGGAAUUGUAGCUUUGUACUAAAAACAUUAAUGUUAAUCUAAGAUAUAAAACCAGAAGCACUGUCUAAUUAUCAGGUAAAUACUUGGUCAAUCAGUGAUGUUAACACUGCAAUAUGAUCAUGCUCAGUGAUUGUGUUGGUGUAAUAUUAAGGCUAUACAGUCAACAUAAUGGACCUAUACUGUAAUAAUGAAAUGAUCAGCACUUCAAUACAGAUGUCUUGAAAUUCAGAUAACAAAUGUCUUCCAGAUUGCACAACAACUGUGUGAAAGCAGCCCCUCAAAUCACAGAUGUCUGUUCUUUUCUUGUUGCAGUAAUGAAAUACUUCUAUAGUAUACUAUACUACUGCUGUAAUCAUGUCUAUUGUGAUGACCCUGUAAGGCAGAGAUGGCCCUCUGUGGACUGAGUUUGACAAGUGUCUGUGGGUUUUCCUUUCAAUUAAGACCUAGAAAACCAAUUGAUGGGUUCUGUACAAAUUAGUGACCUUUAAUCAAGGAAGGAGAGGAAGGAGUUUUAAAUGUGCUGUAGUGUCUAAUAUUUGUGGGGCUGGUUCCCAGGAGUGACCUGGCCACAGCUUUAGUUUAGUCCUGGACUAAAAAUAUAUUUCAAAGGUAGUGUUCCAUUGAGCAUGGUUUUUAGUCUAGGUCUAGAUUAAGCCUAAUCUAUGUCCCAGAAACCAUGAUGAAUUUUCUGUGGACCCCAGGAAGACCAGCAGUCACUAAGGGGUCAGCUUAUGAGGAUCCAAAUAAACAAAUUAAAUUAA